AUGGAAGAACAGAAUAAAGAGCUUGUAGAAAACCCAGAAAAACCCCAUGAAAAUGUUCUGGAUGAUACAGAACCUACAGAAGAAGAGAUCAGCACUUUACGACGGGUUUCAGAUAAAAUACCAUUUUCUGCCUAUCUCGUUGUCGCAAUAGAAUUUUGCGAACGAUUUACUUAUUAUGGAUUAAGUAACCCUUUACAAAACUGCAUUCAAUAUUCGCCAACAGAUAUGAUCCCGGGUGUUCUUGGGCUUAAACAGAGCGGUGCAACAGCACUUAAUAGUUUUUUCUCAUUUUGGGUCUAUGUUACACCUAUCAUUGGAGCAAUUGUUGCAGAUCAGUAUUUAGGCCGAUAUUGGACUAUUCUUUGGUUUUCAUGUAUAUAUUUUGUGGGUCAGCUUGUUUUAAUAUUUACGUCUUUGCCGUUUGCAAUCGAACGCAAUUUAUCUCUUGCUGGAAUGAUCAUAGCAAUGAUUAUUAUUGGAUUAGGAACUGGUGGUAUCAAAGCAAACGUCUCACCUCUUGUUGCAGAACAAUAUCAUUUAGAGAAACCUAUAGUUAAAACGUUACCAACAAAUGAGCGUGUUAUUAUUGAUUACGAUGUUACUAUUCAGCGUAUUUUCUUACUCUUUUACUUUUCAAUUAAUAUGGGAUCAUUUGGAGGCACUGCUACAAUCUUCUUGGAAAAAUAUGUAGGCUUUUGGGCAGCAUUUUUAUUACCGGCAUGCGUAUUUAUUGUUGGAAUGGCAAUUUUAAUUGCUGGAAAAUCACGAUAUACUUGUCAAGUUCCUGAAGGCUCAGUUGUUUUAAAUGCUAUAAGAGCAAUGUAUAUUGCAGCCAAAAAUGGGUUUAGUCUUGAAAAAGCUAAACCAAGUAAAUCAAACGGAAAAGACAAAUUAUAUUGGGAUGAUACGUUUAUUGAUGAGCUUGGAAUUACACUUGUUGCUUGUAAAAUAUUUAUCUAUUAUCCAAUUUACUGGGUCUCAUAUAUUCAAAUGGCUACAAAUUUAAUAUCUCAGGCAGGAACUAUGCAGCUGCAUGGUGUUCCAUCUGAACUAACGCAACAAGUAAAUCCAUUAACAUUAAUUUUACUCAUUCCUGUUUUUAAUUACUAUGUUUAUCCAACUCUGAGAAAAUAUGGGAUUUUAUUUCGUCCUAUUACAAGAAUUACUAUGGGGUUCUUUUUCGGUUCAGUAUCUAUGGCAUAUACAGCUAUAAUUCAAGCUAAAAUCUACAACAGUCCACCUUGCUAUAAGUAUCCAGGAAAAAUGCAAUAUUGUGAUGCUAUCACAAGAGAAGGCCAGCCCAAUAAUGUACAUAUAGCUUAUCAAAUUCCAUCAUUCUUUUUUGUUGGGGUUUCGGAAAUAUUUGCAUCAAUUACAGGUUUAGAAUAUGCAUUUACUAAGGCACCAGCUAGCAUGAAGUCAUUUGUAAUGUCAUUAUUUUUAUUAACAAAUACGGGUGGUUCACUUAUUCAGAUGAUGCUUACACCUCUUUCUAGAGAUCCUAUAUUAGUUUGGUUAUAUACAUCUGUUUCAAUUGUAAUAUUCAUAGCUGGAUGUUUAUUCUGGUUUUUAUUCAAAAAAUACAAUAAAGUUGAGGAUGAAAUGAACUCUUUUCAAAGAGAUGUUAGGACUUUAAAGAAUAAGCAAUCAACUAGGGUAAAUAAAUCUAAUAAUGAAACAGCAUAG